AACUUGUUGCAAUAUAUAUAUGCAAGAGUCAUAUGAUUAUUGUUAAAAAUUCAUUUUUGAAUUUUCUUUUUUAUACAGGAAUUUAAUGUCAAAUUUUGACCUGGAUUGCUAAAGGACGAUAUUCAUAGAAACCAUUAAUUUGUUGCAAGUAUCAAGAACUUAUAAAAUUAAAUAGUCUUCAUAGAAUUUUAAUUGGUCGACUACCGAUAAGUAGAUAUAUUAAACAUCAGGUACAUUAUCCCUUUAAGCGCCCCGCAGUACUGCGGCGAUUCAAAUCGAUAGUGUAAUAUAUAAAUUUGGAUAUAAUGGUAGGAUACUACGUAAUCGCGCACCUGCUGAAUGCCUGUUAUUUAUCUUUUCCACACCGUAUUACCGGCGGCAGUGAUGACAGAUCACUGCAGUGAUGGCAGAUAGAUAAAAAAUUUACCGCUCGGUACAGGUUUACCUCAGAGCUUAGCUUACAAGACACGCCAGUGUAUAUAAUUCUUUAAGUUGGAAAGACAUAAAGUUUGCAAGUAAUGGCUUCUUAUAGACCUAAACUUUUAGAAAAGAAAUACAAUAACUGGGUUAAAGCUCAGUUAGCAGUGUUGUUUACUAAAGAAGGUAUUGAACCUUUUGUUUGUAAUGAGAUCAAGCAAUUUCAAUUGCAAUGCUUAGAUGAUAUAUGUUACCAAAAUGGACUAUUAAGCGGGACUUUGUGUUCAAAUUGCCGUACGGAAAAUGUUAUUAAAUGUCCAACAAAAAGAAUAUGUAAUGUUGGACCUGGAAAAUGCAGUUAUCAUCGAAAUGCUGCAACAAGGUAUAACCCUGCCGGCUGCCCUUACAAGAUAUGUAAUAAUUUUACAACUGAGAUACAAAAUGUACAUAGGUACUCUGGUCCAUCUUACAAAAACACUGAUGCUACCAAGUGGUGUAGUAAUUCAUGGGAAGUGGCGAAAUGCUUCAUGCCUCCAGAUGGGUAUAAAAAUAAAGCAUCUGCAGCAGAAACAGAUUUCAAUGGUAUAAUCAGCAUUAUUCUCAAUUACAAAGACUUCCAGGGGAAAAUACACGAGAACCUGAAUAAUAAGAGGAAUAUGUUUGAGGAGGCAAGAGAAAUUGGAAGAGAAGUGCGACAUUCUUCAACACUUGAAGUAGAGGAUAUAGAUCUUCAAAAAUACUUCAAAUUAUUACAGAAACUACUUUCUGAUCGAGUAUAUUUAGCUACAGACACACAUGCGCAGAAUGCUAAAAAGAAAUUGACAGAGUUAGAAAAUGACACUUUAGUCAUUGGUAAAGAUGAUAUAAGAAAAGUACUAGACGAUGUGGCAAAGGCAAUUCAAGACAAGAUGAAGGCUGGAUUAGAAGAGAAAUAUGACAGAAUUAAACUAGAUAUGAUAGAAAGAAAACAAGAAGAUCUUCUAUAUCUUCAGUCAGAAAUCAGCGACGGAGUGACACAAUUAAAAUAUGAAGCUGGUGCGUCUGUAAAAAGACUGCAUGAAGAAUGCGACAAAGAAGUUCGAAAAAUCCGUGAACAAGGAGAUAAAGAACGAGCAGACCUGGCUGGGUUAGGAGAGUCGUCACAUAAAAAAAUGAAAACAGCAAGUAAAGACGGGAAAGAAAAAGAAUAUAUUGAUUCUAAACAAAAUCUUAAGGAUGAACUUAUAGCAUGGUACACCACAAAUCAGAGUACAGUUCCUCUUUCACCACUUACAGAUGAUUUCCAUACCCCUCUAGCUGGGUUCUACAUUAUGCCAGAAAUGGACAUACAGACUUAUCUGCCAGGUGGAAGGAAAGAAACAACUAGAGUUAAGUCGUUAAAGGACCUGUUUACUCCCAGGAAAGAGGUUUCACGCGAAAUAUAUUUAUCAGCGGCCGCUGGAUUUGGAAAAACAUCUUUUUCAAAAUAUUUCGCCAUCACAUGGUGUCAAGCUCAUAAAAAUGAUGAAAAUUAUAGCAAUUUUAAAGAUAAAGAAUUAGAGGCUUUAUCUUGCUUUGAGUUUUUAUUUCUGGUGCAGUUGAGAGAUUCAACUAAAGUCUGUGAUGUCGACGACAUGAUUGAACAACAAGUCAUACAAUAUCUUGCGUGCUCAUCUUCAAUGCCGAAAGGUAUUUUGAAGGACAUUUUACGUGAAGAAAACUGUCUUGUUAUAUUAGAUGGACUAGAUGAAUGGACUCAUCCUGAAAACGAUUGUACAAGACUUCCAAAAAGUAUACCGCAUCGAUAUGCACGUGAAAAGUGUGUAAUCUUAACAACAACCCGCCCAUGGAAGCUUGGAAUGUCAAACUUGAAGACUAAUCAAAUAGACAAAACAGUAGAGCUAGUUAAAAUAGAUAAACAAAAUGUAAGGCAGUUUUCCCUAAACGCAAUGAAAAUAUUGAAAGGCAACAUUGAAGAAGAAAAACUGAUCUAUGAAGUUUGUAGAUUUGAAGAGGAAAUUAGACACCAUGACCUUGAUGAGAUGGAGUCUACUCCUCUCCUUUUACUAUAUCUUAUAUGUUUAUGGACUGCAAAAAUUCCAAUAGGAAAAUCAGCAGUAGAAUUAUAUACUGGCAUUAUUGAGCUCCUUCUAUCUAGAACUGAAAAGUUACAUGGAAUGUUUCAUUCAUGGUGUAAAACAUCUCCAAGUAACAUUCCCGUAUGCUUUAGAAUGCAUCAACAUUUCUGUAGUUACUACACAUUUCUGAUGACCAUUGGGAAACUAGCUUUUUAUACAUUGUUCAGUAAGAAAAAGGAGCACACAUUAGUUUUUGAUAAAAAUGUUGCUGAAAAAUAUCUUAACCAAGAGGAUUUAAAAUCAAGCUGUCUAUCAGGAAUAUUAUCAGAAAGUAAAGUGAAAACGUUAAUAAAUGAAAGUUCUAAAAUAUCAUUUUCACAUAAAACAGUGCAAGAAUACUUUUCAGCAUUAUUCAUAAGUUUUCAAAAUACAAAUGAUGUUCAAAAAAUCAUCUUUGAAGAGUGCAACUGUUUACAAAAUAUUCUAGACAUGUCAAAAGUGUUUGUCUUCAUCAGUAACAUGAACCCUGAAUUAAUGUCUGCAAUAUCAACUGAUUUGAUGCCUGUAAUAAACAAUGAUGACAAAACAAGCAAAUACAGAACUUUGACAUAUUAUGAUUACAUGCACAUUAAGCCAUUACAAGACAUACAAGACAUGUACAUUUCUUGUGUCAAAGAAGGAAAGGAAAACAAAGAACUUAAAUUGUGUUUACAAGAUUUAAUCAUUGAUGAAAAAUGUCAACAAGAAAACUACUUCAAACAAUUACAACAUCUGUGUCAACAAAAUAAAGAAAAUAUAAAGUCAAUAAUGAUACGAAAUGAAGGUAUUUGUAGUUUACAAAAAAUUGUCAAUUUGUUUACACUCUCUGAUCUUCCACAGAUAGAAAAAUUAUUCUAUUAUGGAGAAAUUGUAAAAAAAGAAAUGAUGAGCUUGUUGUUGAACCCUUUAAAAUGUUUAACUGUGUUAUCAAGUAAAUGGGAAAAUCAUCAAUUUGUAGAAAAUAGUUGCCGGCUGUCUGCAGUGAUAAAUAGACGACUGGUACAAUUACAUCACCUGGAGGUUUUAAAUAUACAUUGUUUCACUAUGACCCACAAGGUAAUGAAGACAUUGUUAAAUUUCCUCACUAGUAAAAAAACAAUGAAAGAAAUAAGAUUGUACGGUUUAUACUGUAGUGAUCACAAGAAUACUUCAUGUAGGGGAUUCAACAUUGACCUGUCUCAACAUUCAAAACUAAGAUGUUUAGGAUUUGGCGAGAUACCUGUUUCACAAUUAAACAUGGAUGUAUCGUUGUUAGAGGAGUGUGAUGUAGGUAAUUUAUAUAAACCUGGUGUUGUGUCAUCUUAUCUCAGUCAACUAACAGCUGCCAAUAAACUACAGUCAUUUGAAUGUAGUUAUCUAGAAUCUUCUAGUGACAUAGACACAAUGCUUCAAACAUUACCAUUUUUAUAUCACAUAAAAGAUGUUAGGUUACAGAGAAUGAAUCUAGGUGAAAGAUCAUUAACACUGACACCUAAAAUGAACAAUAUUGAAUUUGUUAACUUGUGUUAUAUAACAAUGUUUUGUUCAGCGUUAUAUGGUCUCAUUACUGUUAUAAACAAACUACCACAUACAGUGACAGUAUAUGUGAGAGGUUGUGAUAUAAAAACAGAAGCAGAAUUUAAAGAGUUUAAAACAUUUAUAAAAAAAAAAUCAGACAAUUUUGUGGUCAUACGUGAUGGCAAUUUGAAGUCUGGAGUGUACGUGUUUGAAUUCAAAACAACAACAACAAAGUACUGAACUUGGAAAUAGAUUAUGAAAUAGACAUCAUUUGUUAUUAUUAAUCAAAUAUUUACUGCAGUAGAUAGAUAAGGAAAAGCUUUAAAUGUGCACAUAAUUAGACACCUUGGAUUAUCUUAUGGAAGUGUUAUGGAUGGAGUGAUGUUUCUGUAUAUAAAAAAUAAGUUAUAAAAACUAAAUAGCACUAAUGCGUAUUCUAAAACCUCUGCCUCCGAAAAAGACAUUGUAAACAAUCAUAUUACUAAUAUUUCCAAUCUUAAAGUCCAAAUUAAUGAAAAAGAACUCAAACUUCCUAUUAUGUAUUGGAUUCCUAAAUUACAUAAAAAACCUUACAAAGCCAGAUUUAUUGCUAAUUCUACAUCUUGCACUACAAGUAAACUUUCUAUUUUAUUGACGUCUUGUUUGACUGCCAUUAAAACACAUGUAAUUAGAUAUUGUGAUAAAGUCUAUGAAAACACAGGCAAAAAUCUCCUUUGGUCAAUUAAAAAUUCUGUUGAAAUCUUGGAUAAAUUCAAAAUUAAUAACUUUCAAGCUUCAACUGUCAGUACAUACGAUUUUUCUACACUUUAUACAACUUUGCCACAUAAAUUAAUCAAUGAUAAACUAAUUUCCCUAAUUCAGAAAACUUUUGCACGGGAAAAAGUUACCUUUCUAGCAUGUAAUUCGAACAAAGCUUUUUUUACUAACGGUAUUGUUAAACAUUAUACUAUGUGGACCUGUGACGAAGUUUGUAGAGCACUCUCUUUUCUUUUAGACAACAUUUAUGUCAGGUUUGGUAAUACCCUAUUUAAACAGAUCAUAGGAAUUCCUAUGGGUACUAAUUGUGCACCCCUGGUCGCCGAUUUGUUUUGUACUGCUAUGAAAGAGACUUUAUGUUGAGUCUCUCUGAAGAGAAACAACAAGAUGUUAUAGUCGCAUUUAAUAAUACUUCCAGAUACCUUGAUGAUAUUUUUAAUUUAGAUAAUCCUUAUUUUGAUCAAAUGGUGUCUGACAUUUAUCCGCAUGAACUACAACUUAAUAAAACGAACUCUUGAAAUUUUAGUACAUCAUUUUUGGAUCUUCAUAUUACUAUCAACAACAAUUCUAUUCACACGAAAAUUUAUGAUAAAAGAGAUGACUUUGACUUUUGUAUAGUUAAUUAUCCACAUUUGGAUGGAGACGUACCCCAUGCAACAUCCUACGGGGUUUAUGUUUCUCAGUUAAUUAGAUUCGCUAGAGCUUGUAACAACGUUAAGGAUUUCAACGAGCGGAAUAUUUUUAUUACCAGCAAGCUUCUAAAACAGGGCUACCGCUAUCAUAAAUUACGGAA